GUGUCGAAGUAAGAACGAGACCGCGUAAAAUAUUGCACGAUAAACCCAUUUUUUUAUUUUAAAAAUCCAACAUGAUUAAUGAAAGUUAAAAUCGUUAAAAAUUGCCUCGAGUUCUUUAUCCUUCAAUCUUCAAAAGUGAUUUUAAAGUUAUCAGGACUAAAAAUAAUUGAGGAACGUCUGAUACCGUGAAUUUGAUUUUAGAAAAUUUGAUCAAGUAUCUCAAAAUUCACCAUGAGGGAGUUGUUGAGGGUUCGUUUAUUAAUCACGAUAGUUUUUCUACUUUGCAUUUCAACCCCAGCAUGGUCAAUGGCACUCACAACUUUCGGAAAAUCGAAUCCGCAAAAUCAAAAUCAACCUACACCUCCACCAACACCUGUUGGAAAGGCUCGUGAGUGCACAUCGGAAUCAAAUUGUGCAGCGAUUCGAAAUACGUCCUGCAUGGUCGAUCCUAAGGACUCUAACACUCGGUGUCUUUGCGGUGAUUAUAGCGCACCUAUCAAUGGGGCUUGCACCAAUAAAAUACAAGCUGUUGGUGCACCAUGUAACUUAGAUUCGGAUUGUGGUGAAGCAGCCCAUUGUACAUACGGAAAUAACACGCUGCCUGGAAAACGCUGUUAUUGUAAAACAGGAUAUUACGAAGAAAAUCAAAUGUGCAAUGGUGCUUCCUCACUUUUACGACUCUCAACAUUUACUUUCUUGGCUAUGCUUAUAAUGUCUCAAAGUACCGGUCGACCAUGAAUUCGACAUGACACAUUGCAACAAAUCUUUCGAAAUAAAAUUCAGAGGUAAACAAAUUUGGAAUUAGAAAAUUGUAAAUUAGAGAUUAGAUAAGAAGAGAUACUAAUAAAUAACAACAUCCUUCAAAAAGCGUGUGUAGAUUGUAUCAAUUGGAUUUCAAAUGUAUAUACUACCUAAAAAGAAUUACGAAAAACUAAGAUUUUAAGUGUAUUCAGUAGAGUUUUAAGCAGUUCUAUUUAGAACAGUAUAUUAUCACAUAUUUACUUUAUAAAUUUGUAUAAAACAGCUCUGAAAAUUUGACUAUUUAUCCAGAUAUUUAUAGUUUUAAUAUAUUUACUAUUAGGUAAUACCAAGAAUUCCUUUGCGUUAUACACGGAAUAAAUAACAUAGUUUGUUCCAUGUCUCUUUUGAAUAAGCAAUAUGUGGCUAAAAUAAAUUGAGAAAUUCGUCCUAUAGAAUUAGACUCGAUUUCUUGGCUGCAUUUAAGCCAAGCUUUGAGUCGAGGUUAUUGAUUAAGCUUAAGCUUACAGUCUAACGAAUAAUUAUUAUUUACUGUGUAUGUAACCACGAAUAAACUGUAGGAUAUAUUAUAAGACCUCUUUUAAAUUCCAAUAAUGUGGAAACGUACUUGAAAACCUAAAUACUAGAAACGCAUUUUAGUAUUGCAAUAUUUCUUUAAGAAAUGCAAUCUUUUGUAACGUUUGUAUCCGAUUUCACUUAUUAAGUGCACUCAAUUCAAUAUAAUUUAUCCAUACUUCAUCGCACUGCAUAAUUAGGGGAAGUGGAGUUAUUAAUUUAAUUCAUGAAAGUGUACUAAAAAUUGUAUGCAUUUUUACCUCGAGAUUUCCUUCUGCGAACUUCAAUCUUCAUAAUAAAUUUCUAUCCGAGAAAUUUUGUUCAAAUAAUUAUCUAACUAAAAAUAAUUGAUACUUGAAAUGUUUUUCAUCAUUUGCAUUAUAUUGUAAAAAUAGAUUCACAAUAGUUCAUCAGUUCACUUUUUCGUAAAGACCAAUUGUGUUACUGUGUGUCCUAUUUGUCCACCAAAUGCAAAUGUUCUUGUGGGAAUUUCUAGCAGGAGGUCGAAUUCUGAAAAAAAAAAUUUAUACUCACUUAUAAUAAUAAGUUGUUCUACAUUUUUCAAUAUACUAUAAAUUUGUAAAAUUGGAAUUACAGAUCAAAUUAAACUUCCUAACUAUAAAUUUUCUUUUACAUGCUUUGUGGUUCCAAUUAUAUUUAUUACUUUUAAUAUCUGUUAUUAAUUUUUUGGUAAGAAAUACAAUUAAUUAUGUGUAUAAUUUACAUUUAAUGCAAUGAUAGUUGUACCAAAAAAUUAUGUAAGAUCCUGAAUAAUAUUUGUUUUUCUUUGUGCGUAACAUUA